UUCAGCGGGCGACGUACAAAGUCGGCCUCCUGACGAUCCAGGGGGUAGCCACGUGUAUGUACCUGUGCAUGGACGCCUGCGGCUUCCAGUACGCAAAUAAGUAUCUCUCGGACGAUUGCGUCUUCGAGGAACACAUAGAAGAGAACAACUACAACACAUACUCGCGAGUCCGAGGCGGGAAGAAAACGUAUUUAGCAUUAGACAAUAGAGGGAAGGCGAGGCGAACGCAGAUUCCUGUGAGCAGGCAGCUGGGCAACCUCUCCUGGUACGCUUUGACUCUCACCAGGAGGUGGGAAGGCCACGGCGUGAAAUACACGCAAUGUGCAACGCGUCGACACCACGGCAAACUGAAAAAGCCUCCCAAAAAACACACGCCUAGAGUCUGCAUGCAGACAGUACACAGACAGAAUCUGAGGCAAAAAAGGAAGCACAAGAAGGCUAACAAUCCGAAGAAAAAGAGGCAUCCAAAAGCGCGGAGAAGACACGGGAACGGCACGACGACGACGACCGAGGUCAGCUGGGACGAGUCGACGAUGUCGACGAUGUCUACGACUACGGAUGUCGAGUUUUUUCGGUCGGCGACCGCGCAGGAGGCGGUCGGACGCGCCUGAGCCGCUCCCUGGUCGCGGUCGGGGCUGCCGUUGCGCUCGCUCACUAGCACCGUUCCACACUUACGCUAUGAAUCUCUUUACCAUUCCUUAUCAGUGCAACGCAUCUAUAACGACGCUUUCUUGCGUCCCCAAUGCUCUCUUAGGCGCGCUGGCUCGCGGCUCUCAAGAGCACUAGAUUGCAAUCACCCCUCGAUUCCACGACAGCGGUCGCUUACUUCAUACCUUUCCUUUAUUUGUAGUCAUGUACUCGUUUAAUACUCAAUAAAAGAGUCAUUAUUAUACGUCAGCCCAAAAGGCAACACAUAACAAUAAAAACGAAUGAUAUUAUUCUACCAAAGCUACUGAAAUUAUCUAUCUCAAUUUAUAUUCCUAGUUCGCUUUAAACGUAGAUUUAUCGGCAAGAUUCCAAUUGUCUUAGUUACUGUUACUUAUCAUGAAAUUAUUAAUGUAGAUGAUACUUGUAAUUUGGUAAUUUAAAAUAUUGUAUUGAGUUGAGAUUAUCGUUAUUGUAAGGUGGAACUGUGUUAGGAAGUGGCAAAGGUCUUUGCCAGUGACAAUGCAAAUAUUAUCUAUUUACACAAACAUGAAACAGCCACAAAUAUUAAUGGCUCAAUGGAUCAAAAUAUCAAUGACUCCCUAAAUAAAACGUAUCGGCUUCCAUUUGUUUCCCUCAGAGGUUUCUAUUUAAUUAACUCUAAGUGAUUCGUUAAUGGAUCUGAUAGGGAAACGGUCGGUUCCGUUACCGAAAAAAUAUCCAUUUGCUGCCACCAGAAAAUCUUAAACGAUGGUAAUAUUCAACGAAUACAAAGUGCCCUCUCAGAAAAAUAUUCAAAUUAAGAAAUUAUCUUUAAUUCCUACGAUACAGGCAUAUUAAUGAGGUAAAUUAGCGUGAUUUUUAUUGACGACAUAAUCGUUUGCAUUGUAAUGGUGGUAUUGACACUGGCAAAGACCCCGAAACGCAUUUGUACUUAGUUGGGUGUGUGGGGUGUAAUUUCUUAAGACAAUGACUGAAAAUUGGACUGAGUAAUGUAGUUUAUGUUGGUUUCGGUCUAGGCUAUGAUAGGAUAAAGUGAAGUGCGGCGUAACGGCAAGCUUCUGAACUCUAUUUUAAGUUUAACGGUCUUGUGGAGGCGAGUAGUUUUGUACUUAUUAUACUUACUCCGAACUAUCAAUGUAAUGACAAAGGUGUUCUGAAAGAUCCGUUGCAGGAUUGGUAGAUCUAGAUACGUAAUAUUUUGCUAUGCGAAUAGUUGGAACUCGAAAUACUGCUUUAUUAUAAUUUUUGAGCUCAAAACCACUCACCUCGCCGAGCCCAAUCGAAGUAGUGAUAACAUUAACGACGGAGAAGUGACUAUUAGUAAGUAGUUCUAAAACGUGUAUCUAAUUUGUAAAUUUAUUUAUUUUCCAUAGAGAAAGUGUAUUUUGUUAACGUUUUAGUUGAUGUUUUUUUAUUCUCUUUCCCCCUUUAGUUCCAACUGAUUGUAGAUAUGUAGGAUUUCAUACGCUUGUACUUUUAGUGAGCCAAUUGUAUUUGUAUUAUAGUGUUAAGUCCGCUCGGUAACAGUAUGUGCGUAUAUAUAUGCAAUUUGUAAAGUAUGGAUGCAUUUGCAAUAUUGUGAUUGAAUGGAUUUUUGCGACUACAUUCUUUAGCCAGAUCCCCUCAAUUUAAGCGUAGAUUUUGUAUUCGGAGCCAACGGGACGCUUUCAGCGAAAAUUGUUAUACUUAUUUAUUUUUUCACUAAUGUAUACGAAUAAUGUUCUCGGCAUUUAUUUCACAUGUCAUAAACUUUGCAAUAAACUAACAAUCUUCAUAGUUUUAUUGAUAUGUAAUGUACAUAACAUAUUUAUUUAUAUCCAGAACUUUGUCAUAAUUUAAGACUAUUGUAAAUAGUUCGCUGAUGAUGUCUUGUCAUGUUUAAUGAAGAAAUUCAGCAAGCUUUAUGAAUGUACCUACGUAUGUAAGAUGGAUGUUAAUUUGAAUUUAUUUAUGUAUGUAUGCAACGUUUAGUCGUCAGUCGAAAACGGCCCGAAGUUUAUACUCGGCUAAGCAUUUAACCAUCUUGUAAACUCCUAUAACAACAGUAAUGAAGAGUGUAGUUACUUCUCGUCGUUUUCGUGAACAAUAAAUUAUU